AUGCUCUUGGGAGCGAAAGUCCGCCAACCGGAACACUUAGUUCUCACUGCUCCAGGUGGAAUGUACGGCCUCUACGGUACCUAUAACUUGAAACCUAGACAAGGAUAUCCUAGCUUCGACGAAAAUUCUGGAAUCUACAGUACUCAGACCCCCAGCAAGGAAGAGGGCAUGCGAUUUUUUGCCUAUUGCUCACAUUACCUUGGAGAAGACACCAUCUUUCAGAAACUGAGGGAAAAGUUAAAUAAGCCGGAGCAUGCACCUCAUCUUGAUGUCCAAGAUAAAGGCCGAACACACGGAGAGUGCUUAAAAAUCAUCGAAUCCAUGUCACAACCGGCUACUAAAAUCCCUGGUGUCAAAGAAGUGGCAAAAAGAACUGCAUGCAGUCAGAAGAUGAUCAUAAGUCUAGCAUAUAGAAAUCAAAUUUAUCUUCAAGGACUUCAUUCUAGAUAUGCACCAGAGAGUAAAUCCAUGAAAACGAUAGUUAAUGCAGAUAUUCCUCUGUCUGUCAGUAGGGUAACGGAAACUGGCAUGUUUAUGGUAAACGCCGGCAAGACGGGCCAGAAAGGACUCGCUUGGUAUUUUGGAUAUCUACACCUUUUUCAGCGCGACUCGCCUAGAAAGCCAUGGUACAUCGUCACUCGAGUCGGACGCGAGGCCCAAAAUGGUGCCUUACUGUCCAAAUUUUUGAUUCAGCAUGUCAUGCCGCAGCUUCAUGUCCUGAGCCAGAAAACGGAUUUUAGCGCUACUAAGUUUAAUAAUGAGGCUGAAGUCUUGGCCCAAAUGCAAAUUGAAGGUAGAAAAGUUAGGGAGGUGCCAUCUACGAGCCUGAAAAUUUUACGUUUUGCAGGCUACAUUGCCGGAGACAAGUUGAAGGUCGUACUCAGUUAA